UGAAAUCGAUAUCUGCUCAGCGAGAGAAACAACAUGGAGAACCAGAGAGAGAUGAACAUAAAGCGCCCCACAAUAGUUGUCUCACUUGGCCUUGCGUUGCAUGCAACGAAGUUGGCCAAACACAUGGGCAACGAGUGUUGUCUCGUUCAACUGCCAGUCUCGCUUACACGCGUUCAGUCCUACGGUUGCUAGGGUACAAACAUAGGUAGGAAAUACCGCCUUUGUUUGCUUUGGGAGACGCCCCUCUGGAACUGCAGAAGGGUCGGUAUUUAACAUGAGGUCAUGCUACACUACUCAACCAGUUUGAGACUAGUUUUCGUAAGCGAUAGUCAUAUUAUUCGUGAACUUGGAGAACGCCAAUUCCAAGCGGUUAUUCAGUGUGUUGUUCGGUUCAAAGAAAAAGGUGCUAGUGAUCGGAUAAUUAAUGAACAAAUUAGCCUAAUUCAGUGGGAUUGAGUGCAAAGUGCCGCUUCGAAUAUUACCACCAAAUAAUAUAGUGAUUGGAUAGUUAACAAAUUUAAAUGAAAAUGCAAGGAUUUCGCAAUUACACAAUGGAUGCGCUGCAGCACCGUGAUCAACCAAUUUCUGUGGAUUUACUCAGCCCGCAUCAGUACAGUGCAAAAUCUUCCCCGCCGCUUUCACCGCUAAGUGACUGCACCAGUCCACAAUCGGAACAUGGCCAACAACAGGCACCAAUGGAUCCAUCUGUCCGUCGGUACCGAACGGCCUUCACUCGUGACCAAUUGGCGCGGCUGGAAAAGGAAUUCUUCAAAGAGAAUUACGUCUCUCGGCCACGUCGAUGCGAGCUUGCCGCCCAGCUCGGUCUCCCGGAGUCAACAAUUAAGGUAUGGUUCCAAAACCGAAGAAUGAAGGACAAACGCCAGCGAAUCGCCGUCGCCUGGCCGUACGCAGCCGUUUACUCUGACCCUGCUUUUGCAGCGUCUAUACUCCAAGCAGCAGCCAAUUCAGUUGGAAUGCCUUACGGUUAUCCGCCGGCUCCAAUGCUACCACAAAUGCCAGUAAUGCCUCCACAAAUUCCUGCUGCUGCCAACCAUUUUUCCUAUGGAUACCGUUACGCUCCAUAUCCCAUCCCACAGAGGAAUACACCGAUGCAGGCUGGUCCGUAUCCAAAUGCUGCUGCCGCCAUGCUUAGUUCUAUGCCUCAAGGAUACACUCCUUUGUCCAUCCCAAAACCCCAUACCCCUCCCCACGAUCUGCAAAGCCCAUCAUCACCACAUUCGGCUUUAUCGCUCAGCCCAGGGUCGGACAAAUCGAAAUUGGACCUCUCCUCGUCGACCUCCCACAGCAUAAAUAGCCCGCUGAAACCGCUUAAUGCACCCGCACAAGGCUUACUCAUGACAGCGACGACAACGCCAAGCCAAACUAUCUUAACACCCUCUCCUGAGAAGCCAAAGCUAUUCAAACCAUACAAAUCGGAAGCGUAAUCGAAGCUGUUAACUUUUACAACUCUUUGUUCUAUCAUCGCAUCUAGCAACUAGUUCGUUAUCAUUUGACUUGCGCAGUACCUCGUUAGAAGUUCCUGCAUUAGUGCUAGGUUGGAGGCCAUUUUUAUUUAUUUUAUUAGAAUGUUCCCUCUAGGCAGGCUUCUACUUAUGGCAGGUUUACAAGAAAAAGUGUAUCGAAUAACGCAUAGGAAGGACUGAUAGCGGUUAUAGCAACAGUGAAUGUGUUUGUAUCAAAUACAUUCAAGUGAUCAUAAAUACUUAGGUAAAUUUACGAAUCAAACAGAUUUUUAGUCAAAUUAGUCUUCACAGAAUUUUAACAAAUAUUUGUAAAUAUUGAAUGUUUUAGUGUAAAUAUUAUGUAUAUAAGAAAAAAUAUUCCAAACGAAAAUAAAACAAUGAAUUUUAAACAAAAUGAACAAGUUUUU